AUGAAGACUUCAGGCCUCUUUACCUAUCUCGCAAUUGGUACCGCAACAGUCACCUUUGCUGCUCCCGCUCCUACGCCGGGAGAUAUUCACCCUCGAACUCUCCUCCCAGGCCUCAACCUCGCACAGACAGAGUGUGCCAAUGGCAUCAUUUCUCAAGCCAAGAAAGAUGGAGUCGGGGCUCAUGGAUGCCAAGUAGCCAUCACGGCUAGCAUAGUCGAGUCCAACCUCCUCAAAUCAGCCAACAAAGCAGUCCCCGAAUCCCUCACAUAUCCCCACGAUCAAGUAAUGUCGCCGGCUACGGCACCUUCCUACAGUAGUGGUGGUGGUGGUGGGACGGGACCUUUUAAACAACAAGCUCCCGUCUACAAGGACGUGAAAUGUAACAUGGAACCUUCAUGUUCUGCGGGACAAUUUUUUGAUGCGUUGAAGAAAAUUGAGGGGUGGAAGGUUGCUGCUGUGGAUAUUUUGGCGAUGAAAGUUCAGAAAGUUAGUGAGAAGGUGGAGUUUGAGAAGAAGGUGGGGGUUUCUGUGGGGAUUUGUAAGGCUGGGGGGUUGUAG